CCUCUCAUUCCCUCGAUAGUUCCUUAUGUGUCAUGCGCUGCGUAACGUAGAAUCGCAGUUUUAAUUUUCAUUUAUUUUAGACGAAUGCAACAUCGUUCGAAGUACUCGAUUACCCUGCGAACUACACUGCGUCCGCACAUUUUUUUAGACCGAUCGAAUUUUACCAUUCGGGGAGAUUACCGGAAAACCGGAUAUCGCGAUGGUCGUUUUGAUUUUCCAACGAACCCCACGUUCCCCUGCCCGCGUUAUAUGGGAAUCGAUAAAAUUGAAUCGAUCCUGAAAUCCCACUGUCAUUUUUACCGCAUUCGCGUUAUAUGUAUAUACCCCUCGCCAACGUAUGAACUUCCCUUCUGUAUUAUCUAUAGAACGGGUCACCACCGUUCGUUCGUUCGUUCGUUCGUUCUGCAGGGAAAUUUUCCACCAGCUCCUAUAUUUUGACCUAGUUAACGUCCCCGCAACCGUAAUUGGAGGCUCUCUCACGACAUAUACGCGAGUAAAAACGUACAAGUAAAGCGUACCCCCUCCUCCGUCUAUAUUCGCCGGCCCCAGGAGUCGGUUAAUGGGAUAGAGUGCAGCUUGAUUCGUUCGCGAAGUUUAUGAACAAAAUUUAAAAAAAAAAAAACAACAUUUCAUUCCAAUUAACAUAUCGCAAAUAACGUGUACGAGGUCCUUGUGAAAUUCGUUCUAACGUCGAGUUGCACCUCGGAAAACGGUAAAAUUAAAGCAAAAAAAAAAGAAAAAAGAAGUAGGGGGUUCGACCUGUUGCAGGAUCGGAAUUAACGUACCCCGAUAUCGUUCCGUCUUCGCUCGUUCGUUUCGUAGACACCGAGUAUGACUCGGUUGAAUUUCAGAAUACCGGGGGGGUUUUUUAAGCGUUAGCUCGAACACUUCGCAGCUCUCCAAUGUAUGUAUGUAUAGGUAUAACGAGACGGGUAACACGGUGCGCUUAGUUUCCGGCGUAUAAUUUCAACUGAUUACGGGUAGAGUAGUAGGCGGAGACACUUUUAAAGAGACCUUAGCUGUCGCGGGUGACGUUAAAGUCGUGUGAUAUAAAAGGAGGAAUAGUUUUCAGUCGUCCCGAGUUAACGAAGACGAGAUAAAAUACGUGUACCUAUAUAUACGUGUAUAUACGAUUAUAAGUAUUCACACCGCGGCGUUCGGUGCUCGCAAAGUAAUUAACAGAAAAUUAACAGUAAUUACAUUGAAUAAACGAACAGCGGUUGCAACACGAUGCCUUCAGACAGCAUGGACGAUAUUGAACUGAAAAACAUCCAGCUCCAGUUCCCUGAACUCCGGUAUCUGACUCGCGACGACAAACCUGUACGCGAGGAGCGGGUCGAAACGGACAAGGGUAGCUUGCUGGUAGCCAUUCACGGGAAUCAGGGAAAACCAGCGAUUUUAACUUACCACGACCUAGGCCUUAACUAUAUCUCGAGCUUCCAGGCAUUUUUCAAUUACAUCGACAUGCGUGUUCUCCUCGAAAAUUUCUGCGUCUAUCACGUGAACGCACCUGGACAGGAGGAAGGCGCACCAACGUUGCCAGAGAACUACACUUAUCCGUCCAUGGACGAGCUCGCGGAACAGUUGCAGUUCGUUUUGGGGCAUUUCGGUCUGAAAUCUGUGAUCGGUUUCGGGGUUGGCGCCGGCGCUAAUAUUCUGUCAAGAUUCGCCCUCGCCCAUCCCGAGAAAAUCAACGCGUUGUGCCUAAUAAAUUGCGUCUCGACGCAGGCCGGUUGGAUCGAAUGGGGUUAUCAAAAACUGAACGUGCGCCACCUCCGUUCCCAGGGGAUGACGCAGGGUGUUCUAGAUUACCUGAUGUGGCAUCACUUCGGAAGGGGCACCGAAGAACGUAAUCACGAUCUGGUGCAAGUUUACAAGACCUACUUCGAGCGACGAGUAAACCCAACGAAUCUGGCCCUCCUAAUCGACAGCUACGUUCGUCGCACCGACCUGAACAUCGUACGCGAGUUGGACCCGACCCGUAAGAAGGAAGGACUCACCCUAGGGGUUCCAGUUAUAAAUAUUACCGGUUCGUUGAGCCCUCACGUCGACGACACCGUUACGCUAAACGGUCGCCUCGAUCCGACCAACAGCUCCUGGAUGAAGAUUUCGGACUGCGGAAUGGUGCUCGAAGAACAACCGGGAAAAGUCAGCGAAGCCUUCCGACUGUUCCUUCAGGGCGAGGGAUACGUGGUGAAAGCCCCGCGGCAGCUCACGACGUCCUCAUCACUCGAAGUUGCUCCUCUGUCGCCCACGAAGAUCGCCGACUAUCGCUUAGCGUCACUGUACCUGGAAAUCUGCAAUCAAAAGUCUGAGUGGCUGUCGGCGACUAUCCACAUCACCGAGAAUCCCAUAUCAGAAGCGGUCGUCUGCUAAAUAAUAUUAAUAAUCCGCCGUCGUAGCGCGAGCUCCUACAAUUCCUAUCCCUACGAAGUUAUUUCAUUAGUUAUACACACGAGCAGAACAAUUAUAUAGGAACAAGAGAACGCGAAGAAGAAAAGUAAAAAAAAAAAGAAACAAACAUUGUUAAACACAAAACACAAACACGCACACGCACACGCACGCGAAAUACACAUAUUACAAAUGAAUUUUAUCAAAUCGUGAUCGGUGAAAAUGUUAGAAGAUUCGGUAAUGAGUAAGAAAUUAAAUUAAGUUCUCGAUCACGACGCCCCGUCAGAAUGGUUGUAACAACCGAGUAGCUCUAAUUAAUCACGAGCCGGGUACGAUCUCCAGGUAUAUAAAAACAAUCGGCGUCCUGUUUCUGGGUCUGGAUAUUUUUCUAAUAAAAUGUACGUAAGGGAGCGUGAACUUUGAUCGACGUCAGAUGAAACGAGACGAACGAAUCGAGGAUCUGAAAUAGGUAACGUAGAAUUUUCGACCCGACGACGGUCUCGUGCCCCCAAAAUCUUUGGCGCACACCUCUGCUUUCACGGGCUCUUGUUGGAGACUGGCAAAAAAGGGAACGAAACGAAAAGUAGAUUAAUCUUAUCGUCUAAAAAGGACGCUGAAACGAUCGUGCGAACGGAGCCGGAUAAUUUAAUAUCGUACGAGUUCGAUCCGAAAUCAACGAACGAGCGACGAUUUAGUAUAUACAUAAAAAAGAAGAAAAAAAAAAAUAAACUCGUAUAAACAUUAACGAUAGGUAUACAUAUAUAAGAAAAAUAAUAUAUAUAUAUAUCAUGUAUAUCACCGUCGCGGACGUUAAAUUCGUAGCCGAAAUAAGUGAGCACGCAGCGUGCACCGCACGGCUUUCCAUGUGCGUUAUUUAGUGAGGGGAAAUGAGAUGAGAAAUUUUUGUUCUUUCAUCCGCUAAUGAUCCGAAGAGGAUCGACGGAAACCUUUUCAAAUGUGGAUGAAACGUGGGGCAGGGGGGGGGGGGGGGAAGGGGAAUUUGCACAAUUUUGUUGAAUCCACGUUGAGAACGACGAAGAUGCAGGAGAGCAGAUCGAAGGAAAAAAAAUUGAAAUCAUUGAUUAGAUGUUAAUGUUAUCUAGUGUGUACGGUGUUUCUUAUCGCUAUACAACCUCACGUGGGGAAAUAACGUACAAUUUUAUUAUCACAUGGGAUUUGAUUAGAACCGAAGAAGAAAAAUAAUCGAUAGAUGUAAAUCUUGUUCCCACAACAAUCAUGAAUCCCUCGUUAAUUGAAUAAAUAGAAACACCGAUAGGUCGAUAUUGAUAAUUAGGUAUACGUGCAUUAGAUACGUGUAUAUCGUAGUGCAAUAAGUUAGGGACAAAUGUUGCGUUUGUUUUCUAUAGAGAGCUAUAAUAUGAGGUUUUUCAUGCCCAGAGCAUAUUACAAGACGUGCCUGCUACAUACGUACGCGUGAUUUCGAAUAUUAGCGAUCAUCAUUUGUGUUUUUUUCUUUGUUAAUUAUUGUUUAAUUUUAUUUCCUUUUCCCUUGUAGAUGAAUAAAACGGAGUGAUUCGGAACGGGACGUAUUGCCAGUAGAGGAGAGUCGAAAGAAUAAAUCGGCGAUAUACCCCCAAGUCCUUAUGUCUUUCGAUAAAAUUGACAAUAGGUGAAUUUUAUCCUGCAGGACUGCGAUCAUUUUUAGCAGAUGAAAAAAAAAUAAAAAAAACAACUCAGCCGUUCCGACUCACCCCGUAAUUAUACGGUAGAAUGAUUAUUUAUUUCACAUGCACAAUAUGGUGAUCCAAUUUUCACGAGUCCCUGUUGCUAUAUUUUUGCUAAGGUGUUGGUUAAUCUUCCAAAGAAUUAAAUACGCGGCCGAACGUGGCUGUGCGUAUGUAUAAAGAGAAAAAAAAAAAAAAGAAAGAAAAAUAAAUAUAAAUAUAUAUAUUUGUCUACGAGCACGUAAUGUGAAUGGAAUUAUAUGUGAAAUAUUAUUUUUAUCGAAUACGCUACGCACAGCUUGAUUUUAACGAUCAGAUAACUACUCGCGGUUGCAUUCAUUAUUUAUCGAAUUGAUGAUUAUUUUUCAUAAUUGUAUCGUACGUAUAUAUACGUAUACGUACGGUAAUUAGCCCGCUCUCGGAUGUCUCUCGACCACGGUUAUUCGAAAAACGGAUGUGGCCGUGAUCCCCACGAAUCUCCAAGCUGUGAUAAGCACGCUCUCGAGUGUUUUAAACGUGUCUUGAAAGUCUUUAAAAAAAAAUGAAUGCAAAAAAAUAAAAAAAUAAUUAAAUAAAAUAAAAUAAAUU